AUGAAUAACAGUGCUUCUUCUUCCACUUUGGAACGCGCCUCGACGACUCUCAUUGCGCGCUCGGAGGAUACGCCCUCCUUUGUAAUCGGAAAUGCCAACAAGUCUUACAAGUACCAAUACUCAAAUAUCUACUAUAUGAGGCUACAAUGCCUUCGGGAGUGCGUCUUGGAGAGGGCAGAAAGAAAGUGGAAGGAUCUCGACGGUGAUCCAGUUCUUGUGGAUCGUGUACUCGAGGUCGAGAAAGGGCAAUUAUGCUACAUCAUCGGAACCGUAUAUCUGGACAUGCCGCUGAAGCCUAACGUACUCGAGGAUAUUGCUAGAGACCGAUCAAUCCUACCACCUGCUCCGCCUCCGAAAUUCUGUUCGGAAGGCGACAUCAUAUCACUCGAGGAUGAAUCAGGUCGCAUAAAUCUUGUUGGAGAACACCUGAAGAAGAUACAGCUCGUCACAGGCAUCGUGAUCGGUGCUCUCGGUAUAGAGACACCUGGCGGGGAAUUCGAGGUCGCAGAUAUUUGCCUGCCUGGCUUGGCACCGCAGCCAUCUUUGCCAGAUCCCCCAACAAUGGACGUAGAUGGUAAGGCUCGUCUUCGUCGCACAGACACGCUACUGACAAGGCACCUAGAUGCUCUGCAACCAGAAUGGGUGGCUCUCGUGUCCGGCUUUGACAUCGGGACGACGUCUUCUCUUUCAGAUAUCCUCAUCCAUAUGCUUGUUGAAUACCUCACAUGUGAAGGCGGAGGCCCUGGCGAUCAGCUUGAGGCAUCUCGAAUAUCGCGACUUAUCAUUGCUGGCAAUUCAUUGGCACCUUUAGACCUUGGACCCCAGGUUGAGAAUAUCUCGCUAGACGACAAAAAAGGAAAGCGCAACGGCAACGAACCCUCGCCUUUCUCACCUCAUCCCAUCCAGACACUCUCCGGCUAUUUACUCGACAUAACGCAAGUCAUGCCCGUGCACAUCCUCCCCGGAUCAAACGAUCCAUCAGGCAGCAUUCUACCGCAGCAGCCGUUCCCCCGAGCUAUGUUAGGCAGCGCGACUUCUAUGCCCUGGUUCUCAUGCGAAACAAAUCCUACAUACAUUCAUCUGGAAACUGGAUCUGGCGAAGAUGAAGAUGAAGAAUCUACUGCAUCUUUAUCAGCUCGGCCCGUCCCUCGCAAAUUUCUUGUCAACUCAGGCCAACCGCUGAAUGACUUGUUCAAGUAUCUGGAAUCCCCACCACAUACACGGCUGUCGAUAUUAGAAUCAACCCUAAAAUGGAGACAUAUGGCCCCCACUGCGCCUGAUACACUUUGGUGCCAUCCUUAUUUUUCAGCAGACCCAUUUAUAAUACAAGAAACGCCUGACAUUUACGUCGUGGGCUGUCAAAAGCGAUUUGGAACUCGCCUUGUUUCCGAAGACGACGACGACGACGCCGGAUCGAGAAAAUGUCGAAUCAUCAUGGUGCCUAACUUUUCGGAGACGGGUAUACUAGUAUUGGUGGAUAUGAAGACAUUGGCGGUGAAGACGAUAAAAUUCAUGGCGAAGGGUGCUGAUCGUAGGACUCCUAAUGGAUCACAGCACCCGAGUUCAUCAACCCAAGAAGUAUCGCAAGCGGACUCUAGCUUGUCAGCAUUGAGCAGCAGUGCUCAUCCUGAUACUCAACGUGGAUGA